AUGACGGCGAAACAAGUAAAACUGGAUGUUGGAACGAAUUCAAGUGAGUUGAAAAAUUGCUUUAUCUCACGAAUUAAUCGAUUUUAGGUAAAAUGCAAUGUCCAAUUCCACGGAAAGUUUAUAAAGUUGUACGAAGAAAUGAGAGUGUUCAAGGAACUUCAACAAUGAAUGGAUCGGCAAGAAUUCAUAGACGAGAAGAUUACAUUUCAUUGAUUCAAUUGGAAUUAUCAGAAGCAGAUAUAAACGUUCAAAACGUUGGAAAAUUGAUAGCUGAUGGAAUAUUGAAUAAUGUUAUUGCUGAAGGAGAAUUAGAUGAAUUGGCAAAAUCUGCUGCAAAGAACUUGAGUCAUAUGGGAAAUAUUGAUAUUUUGAAUUUAGCAACAUCUUUGAACAAAGGAACAAUUGAUAGCAGAUAUGUUGUUGUUGGAAAUGCAUUUCUAUGGAAUGUUAUAAAAAGUGGAAUGACAUCUGUUCGUGAUAAAUUCGAUAAUUUCAACUUCAAAGUUUGUUCAAUGAACGACAACCAAAGCAUAAAUAAAAUUGAUAUGCAUUCAAAACAUCUGGCAAAUCUUGAUUUCAUAAUUCGUCCUGAAGGGCUAUUCCAACACAUUGAUCUCGCUGAAAUAUUUCAAAUCAUAACAUUCCGAAAAGGUGCUGAUAUCCAGAAAAAAGCAAAGAAAGUUGUUAAAAGUUAUUUGGUUCGUGCAACACAUCCAAAAUGUGCAAUUUGGCAUUAUGGACUUCGACUGAGUGGAAGUUCUCACAAGAAAACUAUUCAAGAUUUUCCAACAGAAAUUGCCAAGAAACUCAUUGAUUUCAUGAUUGCGUUAACUGGUUUAUAUUUGAAAGAAUUAGAAUUAGAAUAUUCAGAUUUAGGCGACAAUCAUCCGUAAGUUCAUUUUUUGUAGAAAACGUCUAUAAAAAUUACAAAAAAUUCAGAUUCAUUCUGAGCCUCGGCGAUUCAUUCGAGCAACGGAAGGAAGAAUUCUAUUGUCUCAAAAACUACCGUACUACUCUCGUUGGAAAGUUUAGAACUACAAUUGCUGAAGCAUUGUAAGUGAAAUAUUUUUGGAACGAAUUUUUAAUUUCUGUUUUUUUUAAAGAAACGAAGUUCGAGAAAUGCCUUUCAAUAUUCGAUCAAGAGAACUUCAAGCGCCUCCGGUUAGUGUAAUUUUUUAUUUAAAUCUGUAUAUUUUUUAACGUUUAUAGCGUGGUCGACCAAUGGAUCCUGAUUGUGUGACUUGGAAACAAUAUGAAGAAUUGAUAAAAAGAUGCGUCGAAAAUCCAUCGACUGAAAAUUUGAAGGAAAAAGAGAGAAUUGAGUGAGUAAACUAACAAUUAGAUUUUAAUUUAAUAAUUGAUUCGGAUUUUGAGUGAGCCAAGUACAAUGUCGAAAUACAAUGUGAUUUACUACUCCAAGUCUCUAGGCCUCAAACUUUUGAAAAGUUUUUCUGAGUAGAUCAAAAAUGUGUUUCUCUAAAUCUCUGGCUUUAUUAUUAAUUGAAAUUGCAAUAUUUCAGAGUUCAACUUGAAUACGAUGCAUUAGGAGAAGAAGAAGUUGAAAUUGAUGAUGCAAAAGUUUACGAAAAUGCUGUUGAAAAAUAUGAGGAAGAAGACGAAGUUGUACCAAAAGUUGAAACAGAAGACGAAGAUGACGAAGAAGAAGAAGAUGAUGAAUAA